CUUCACCCCUCCCGGCUAUUGGAAGAUGAAAGAGACUAUACAAGGGACCGGGUCUUGGGGGCCUGAGCCUUCAGGACCUGGCAUAGCUCCAGCUUACUCAAGCCCUAGGCGAGAGCGGCUUCGUUGGCCCCCACCCCCUAAACCUCGACUCAAAUCAGGUGGCGGGUUUGGGCCAGAUCCUGGGUCAGGGACCACAGUGCCAGCCAGACGCCUCCCUGUCCCUCGGCCUUCUUUUGAUGCCUCAGCUAGUGAAGAGGAAGAAGAGGAGGAGGAGGAGGAGGAAGAUGAAGAAGAUGAAGUGGCAGCUUGGAGGCUGCCCCCCAGAUGGGGUCAGCUGGGAGCCAUCCAGCGCCCUCGCCCUCCCCGCCCUACUCAUCGAAAAACCUGCUCACAGCGCCGUCGUAGAGCUAUGAGAGCCUUCCAGAUGCUGCUCUACUCAAAAAGCACCUCGCUGACAUUCCACUGGAAGAUUUGGGGGCGCCACCGGGGCCGGCGGCGGAGCCUUGCACACCCCAAGAACCAUCUUUCACCCCAGGAAGGGGGUGCGACACCACAGGUGCCAUCCCCCUGCUGUCGUUUUGACUCCCCCAGGGGGCCACCUCCCCCUCGGCUGGGUCUGCUAGGUGCUCUCAUGGCUGAGGAUGGGGUGAGAGGGUCUCCACCAGUGCCCUCUGGGCCCCCCAUGGAGGAAGAUGGAUUAAGGUGGACUCCAAAGUCUCCUCUGGACCCUAACUCGGGCCUCCUCUCUUGUACCCUGCCCAAUGGCUUUGGAGGACCAUCUGGGCCAGAAGGGGACCGGAGUCUGGCACCCCCUGAUGCCAGCAUCCUCAUCAGUAAUGUGUGCAGCAUCGGGGACCAUGUGGCCCAGGAGCUUUUUCAGGGCUCAGAUUUGGACACUGCAGAAGAGGCAGAGCGGCCCGGGGAGAAAACUGGCCAGCAUAGCCCCCUACGGGAGGAGCAUGUGACCUGCGUGCAGAGCAUCUUAGAUGAAUUCCUUCAAACUUACGGCAGCCUCAUCCCCCUUAGCACUGAUGAGGUAGUAGAGAAAUUGGAGGACAUUUUCCAGCAGGAGUUUUCUACGCCUUCCAGGAAGGGCCUGGUGCUACAGCUGAUCCAGUCCUACCAGCGGAUGCCAGGCAAUGCCAUGGUGAGGGGCUUCCGAGUGGCUUAUAAGCGGCAUGUGCUGACCAUGGAUGACUUGGGGACCUUGUAUGGACAGAACUGGCUCAAUGACCAGGUGAUGAACAUGUAUGGAGACCUGGUCAUGGACACAGUCCCUGAAAAGGUGCAUUUCUUCAACAGUUUCUUUUACGAUAAACUCCGCACCAAGGGUUAUGAUGGGGUGAAAAGGUGGACCAAAAACGUGGACAUCUUCAAUAAGGAGCUGCUGCUAAUCCCCAUCCACCUGGAGGUGCAUUGGUCCCUCAUCUCUGUUGAUGUGAGGCGACGCACCAUCACCUAUUUUGACUCGCAGCGCACCCUAAACCGCCGCUGCCCUAAGCAUAUUGCCAAGUAUCUGCAGGCAGAGGCAGUGAAGAAAGACCGGCUGGAUUUCCAUCAAGGUUGGAAAGGUUACUUCAAAAUGAACGUGGCCAGGCAGAAUAAUGACAGUGAUUGUGGCGCCUUUGUGUUGCAGUACUGCAAGCACCUGGCCCUGUCUCAGCCAUUCAGCUUCACCCAGCAGGACAUGCCCAAACUUCGUCGGCAGAUCUACAAGGAGCUGUGUCACUGCAAACUCACUGUGUGAGCCUCGUAUCCCAGGCCUCAAGCCCAUUCGUUAAUGGGCAGGGGGACAUGGGAGGCCCUUCUUCCCAAGAAACUUCAAUUCCUUUCCUCUCCUGCCUCUCCCACCCAAUUCCCUUUGGUUUUUCAUAUUUAAAUGUUUUAAUUACAUAUAUAUAUAAAUGCCACGGUCCUGCUCUGGUCAAUAAAGGAUCCUUUGGAGAUA